AUGCCGCCGGCGGGAUCGGGUUCGGCACCGCGGAGGUAUGUCGGUGGGCCGGCUGGAUUUGGGAGCGACAUCGGCCUCAUGGCGACGAGGCCGCCGGCAAGCGCGGCGGCGGGGGCCGGGGGCGGGCCGGGGGCGGGGGCAGCACCGGAGGUGUCGCCCCCAGCGAACUCGGCGGCCGGGGCGGGGUUUGGUGGAGGGAACGUGGCGGGGGGGGGCUCAGGGCUGCAAGCGGUAAAGCCCGAGCUUGUCGAAGCUCCACCGCCUGCAGCUCCCCUGGUAUCGCCGAGUUGGGGUAGCGGUGCCAGCAGUAUGGGGUGGGGUGGGUAUGGCAUCGGUGGCGGUGCCAGCAGCAGCGGUGGCGGUAGCGCCUCGUACGCGCCGCCGGUUCAGGGAGCGGGGAUGCCGCCUGGGAUGAUGCCGAGCGGAGCGACAGCGAGAUCGGGUUCGGCGUCGGCGGGAUCGUGCGUAGCACCACCGAGGGGGCCGUCUGCAUCUGGCGGCAGGCACGAUAUCAACGAAGCGAUCUUGGGGCGCAGGGGAGCGACGAGGGCCGGGACGGGAGCCUCGAGCUCAAGCCACAGCUCCGGGGGUGUACACCGCCUCGGCGGCUUCGGUGGCGGUGCCAGCGGAAGCGGUUCACGAGCGUGCCCGGGGGCACAGUCGCUAGGCGCUGGGGGGUCCGCGGUCGGAGGGGUGUGCCACCCGGGAGCAGGCGGUGCGGGGAGCGUCGCCGGCGUAAUGGGCGCCGGCGUAGUGGGGGCCGGAGGAGGAGGAGGAGGGGCGGAGCAGGGUCAGGAGGGAGGCGGAGGAUCAGGGUCAGGGAGGUCCAGGACCAAGCGGCGCAGGGAGGAGCUCUCCACGGAGUCCCGCGAGCCGCGCGAGGACGGCCUUCGGCGCAGCGCGCGCAAUGUGAAGGAUGUACAGGUGCGGAGGAGCUCGCGCAUCAAGGAGAGGGACGAGAAGGCCGCCGCGUCGAGGACGACGAGCGGCAUGGGGCAGGCGGCGGCCGGAGGGAAGAAGCAAUCGGCAGCGGCGGUAGCGGCGGCAGGAUCGUCCGGCAAGCAGGCCAAGAGGGCCCGCCGCGGCGGAGGGGUGGAGAGCGGAGGAAGGAAGCGAUCGGCAGCGGCGGUAACGGCACCAGAGUUGUCCGGCAAGGAGACCAAGAGGGCCCGCCGCGGCGGAGGGGUGGAGAGUGGAGGAUUGAAGCGAUCGGCAGCGGCGGUAGCGGCACCAGAGUUGUCCGGCAAGGAGACCAAGAGGGCCCGCCGCGGCGGAGGGGUGGAGAGCGGAGGAUUGAAGCGAUCGGCAGCGGCGGUAGCGGCACCAGAGUCGUCCGGCAAGGAGACCAAGAGGGCCCGCCGCGGCGGAGGGGUGGAGAGCGGAGGAUUGAAGCGAUCGGCAGCGGCGGUAGCGGCACCAGAGUCGUCCGGCAAGGAGACCAAGAGGGCCCGCCGCGGCGGAGGGGUGGAGAGCGGAGGAUUGAAGCGAUCGGCAGCGGCGGUAGCGGCACCAGAGUCGUCCGGCAAGGAGACCAAGAGGGCCCGCCGCGGCGGAGGGGUGGAGAGCGGAGGAUUGAAGCGAUCGGCAGCGGCGGUAGCGGCACCAGAGUCGUCCGGCAAGGAGACCAAGAGGGCCCGCCGCGGCGGAGGGGUGGAGAGUGGAGGAUUGAAGCGAUCGGCAGCGGCGGUAGCGGCACCAGAGUCGUCCGGCAAGGAGACCAAGAGGGCCCGCCGCGGCGGAGGGGUGGAGAGGGAGGCCGCUUCGGGAGGAGGGGCGGGAGCGCCGGCGGCGGUGGCGGCGGGGGGCGGCAAGGCGACGGCGGAGUCGAAGCGCGCCGGAGGCGGGGACGAGGGGUCGGGAACGGACCAGGUAUUGUAG